CGGGGCGCCGGCGCUCGGUCCGCCUCUGACUGCGGCGCGGCGGGGCGAUGUGUGAUUACCAUGGCGAGGAGUCUCUGUGCGGGGGCCUGGCCAAGGAAACCCUGCUGCCUCCAGGCUCGCUUCUCUUAUGUGCGGAUGAAAUAUCUUUUCUUUUCCUGGUUGGCAGUAUUUGUUGGAAGCUGGAUUAUAUAUGUGCAGUACUCUACCUAUACAGAACUCUGCAGAGGAAAGGACUGUAAGAAAAUAAUAUGUGACAAAUACAAGACUGGAGUUAUUGAUGGGCCUGUGUGUAAUAGUCUUUGUGUUACAGAAACUCUUUACUUUGGAAAAUGCUUAUCCACGAAACCGAACAACCAGAUGUAUUUAGGGAUUUGGGAUAAUCUACCAGGUGUUGUGAAAUGUCAAAUGGAGCAAGCACUUCAUCUUGAUUUUGGAACUGAACUGGAACCAAGAAAGGAAAUAGUGCUCUUUGAUAAGCCAACUAGGGGAACUACUGUACAGAAAUUCAAAGAAAUGGUCUACAGCCUCUUUAAAGCAAAAUUGGGUGACCAAGGAAACCUCUCUGAACUGGUUAAUCUCAUCUUGACAGUGGCUGAUGGAGAUAAAGAUGGUCAAGUUUCCUUGGGAGAAGCAAAGUCUGCAUGGGCACUUCUUCAAUUAAAUGAAUUUCUUCUUAUGGUGAUACUUCAAGAUAAAGAACAUACCCCCAAAUUGAUGGGGUUCUGUGGUGAUCUCUAUGUGAUGGAAAGUGUUGAAUAUACCUCUCUUUAUGGAAUCAGUCUUCCAUGGGUCAUUGAGCUUUUUAUUCCAUCUGGCUUUAGAAGAAGCAUGGAUCAGUUGUUCACACCAUCAUGGCCCAGAAAGGCUAAAAUAGCCAUAGGACUUCUAGAAUUUGUGGAAGAUGUUUUCCACGGUCCCUAUGGAAACUUCCUCAUGUGUGAUACCAGUGCCAAAAACCUAGGAUAUAAUGAUAAGUAUGAUUUGAAAAUGGUGGACAUGAGAAAAAUUGUGCCAGAGACAAAUCUAAAAGAACUUAUAAAGGAUCGUCACUGUGAGUCUGACUUGGACUGUGUCUAUGGCACGGAUUGUAGAACUAGCUGUGAUCAGAGUACAAUGAAGUGUACUGCAGAAGUGAUUCAACCAAACUUGGCAAAAGCCUGUCAGUUACUCAAAGACUACCUACUGGGUGGUGCUCCAAGUGAAAUUCGUGAAGAAUUAGAAAAGCAGCUUUAUUCUUGCAUUGCUCUGAAGGUUACAGCCAAUCAAAUGGAAAUGGAACAUUCUUUGAUCCUCAAUAACCUAAAAACAUUGCUAUGGAAGAAAAUUUCCUACACUAAUGACUCUUAGUUCAUUUGAACAUUGUGACCAUUGUAGGAAACUUACCACUUAAGAAGUUUUGAACGUUUAAAACAAUGGCUUCUGAUUCAAAUCCUUUUCCCAUGGACCUAAGAAACCAUCAUCUUAAAAUGUUGACUGAAUGCAGGAGGUAUAGAUCAACAAAUUCAAAGUUUGAUUUCAUUCCUGCACUUCUAGAAGCCCUGGUACAUUUCCCAGUACAUUUCACUGUGUAACUGUUUUGACUUAAAAUAAUGCUGUGAAAAGCCUCAUUCCAUAAACAUCGAGUAUUUUGUAGCUUUGUUAGCCAAAAUACCAUUGCUGGAAACAUUGUGUUUGCAUUGAAGCUGCUGUUUAAAUUUAUACCUACUUACUAAUGUCUUAGCAUGGUAAAGUUUGCACAUUAACAGAAAUUAAGACUGCGAAGCAGGUAAAUUAAAAUUAUUCCUCUAUAAAAAGAUGGGUUAAUAGCAUGGUUUGCAUUACAAAUACAUUCUAACUCAUUUAGACAUCAAAUGUCAUGUGGCUUCAGAAAUUCAAAAUCCACCAAGUGUUCAAUUUACUCAUUGCCAGUGUUUAAGAGGUUGUAACUAGAUGGACUUCAAAGGAUCACCCAAUUCAAAGGGUUCAUUGAAAUUGAUAUGCUAAGGCCAGACUCCAUCCAGAUCCAUUUAUCUGAAAUGGGAGACAUGGGGAAGUGGGACCAUGCAAUUUUUUAGUAAUAACUUCAUUUUUGAAUAGUAUUUCCUAUUGGCCAAAGGGCUAUUCUGUAAAAAGCAUGUAAAUGUAUUCACCCAUUUUCCUCCUGUAAACUUGAUAUAUAGGGGUUAGUAUUUGCUCCUUUCAUGUUAAUUCAGAUUUGGCAUGUACCUUUCAACAUCUCCGUAAAAUGAAACGCAUCUUUUGGAGAAAAAAAAAUAUAUUUUUUGCUCAAAAGUUUUUCCUAAGGUGAAUUAUGUUUGUUACCUAACCUUCACCGGACAGCUCUCUAAAAAUUAAAGCCAUGGGUUAGCACGUUUUGCUUACUUUACAAUUGUGUACUUUGAAGGUACUCUUUCUUCCCACUAAUCAUCUAGUUACAAUAAAUAAAUGGAAGAAAUAUUUCCUAGUGGAUGGUUGGUCUGUUGCUUGCCAAACUUUGGGGAGAGUUACCAUCAUAA